CUAUUGGUUGAAGCGGCUGGGGGCGGGCUGGUAGGCAGCCGAGGGGAUGGAGGGCGGCGAGGCGGGCGGUGGGGGUCUGCUGCAGCAGAUCCUCAGCCUCCGCCUGGUGCCCCGCGUCGGUAACGGCACCACCUACUCCAGCCCGCUGUCCACCUUCCCAGAGAUGUGGUACGGCGUCUUCCUGUGGGCCCUCGUCUCCUCGCUCUCCUUCCACGUCCCCGCCGCUCUGCUCGCCCUCUUCACCCUCCGUCACCACAAGUACGGCAGGUUCAUGUCCGUCAGCCUCCUGCUGAUGGGCAUCGUGGGACCCAUCACCGCCGGCAUCCUGACAAGUGCAGCUAUUGCUGGAGUUUACAGAGCCGCUGGGAAAAAAAUGAUUCCAUUUGAAGCCCUCAUUUUUGGAGUGGGUCAAACGUUCUGUGUGGUGGUAGUUUCAUUCCUACGGAUUUUGGCCACUCUCUAGCUUUCCUUCAGAUGCUGGUGAUUGAAAAUGGAAGGGAAACAAAGCAUCUGCAGUACGCCUGGUAUCUGUGAAGCCAAUAACGAGGGAGCACAACUUGGAUGGUGCCUUGGCAUGCACUUCCUCCCCAGUACAAGGCUACAUGAAGGCUGCUCCUGCCUCAGGCCGGUGGCAGGGCUCCCUGGCUGUGACAGGCAGGACCCUCCUUGCAGGGCGUGAAGGGCUGUGUGCCACAGACAUGUGCUGGAGAACAUGCUUUCUGUAACUUAUGUUGCUUAUACACCAGCCAUAACAUCCAGGUUCGUCCUCCCCCAGCACUGCUGAAGCUGUGCCACCAGCCCUGAGCGAGCACUACCAGCCAGGCUCAGGUGCUGGCUGCUUGCUGGCCACAGCGCGCCACUAAAUGGGACUGCAGCCUGCUUCAGAAAUUAAGAUGAAAAUCAUUAAUUUCGUUACGUUUUUGUAACGCUAAGUGCCAAGUGGAACUUUGUUUUCCUGGAGGACAGGAAGGGGGCUCUGGCAGAGGCUUGCCGACCUCUUGCAGGUGACAAAUUGUAGCAACAGAGCAUAACUGAACUGCUGGGGGGGUGAGAACGUGGCUGCAGGGCAGUGUGAUGUGUUCGGCGCUCACUCAAUUCUUUGACCUCUUCCUGCUUUGCAGUGAACCCAAAGCUCUUUUAAUGUGAUUUUAUUUUAUUUUUUUUUAAUGAGAGACUUCCUUUAUUGUUUUCUUUUCUGGCCCUGUCUUCCUAAUACCAGGUCAUGGUCAUAGUGAGACUGGGGAGCAGCAAAAGGAAAAACCAUUUUAAAUGGAUGAAAGUGCAAAAUUGUGGCUGAGAGCUGUGAUUAUGAAUGUUGAGGCAUGGGAAAUCGUCAGUGUAAAAAUGAUUGUGGUUUUUAUGAAUUUCAUUGCAGUGAAACUCUUCCGAAGCCAUACCUCCUGCUCAAGAGCUGUACCCCGCUGCUCACAGCAGGACUCUCAGGGUGCAUGAGUGUGUGCACUUGCUUUGAAGGAGACCCGUGGUGUUGAACUCCUCGCUCUCCUUUCCCUUGCUGAACGUAGGUGUGGUGUCACUGAGCAUCUUUGUAGGUACGCAGACGCCACUGAUGGCGUAUGUAAAACUCAGCACUCUGCCUCAGUGACCAUGUGGGUGAGAACCUGGUGGCUUUCUGGGCACAGAGGCAAUGUGCUGCGUUUUAAACACCCAGCCCAUGGCACCUGAGAGAUUCCUACCUCUGUCUGUAAAAAUAACCCCAGAACAACUCCUACCAGCCACGCUACAGUCCCUCCCGAUGCGUUGGUUUGGUUUAAAUGACAUUUAACUAAUUCUGAGCUCUGCCCUCUCUUCCAGAGGUGUGCUGUGCAGUCAGGGCUCUCAGGUCUGCUUUCUGGGCUGGGUGUGGGGGCCCACAGGGGAGCUGGGGCUGAAUGCUGAGGAUUUUGCUGGGUGGCACAGCCAGCCCUGUGUCUUUGCUGUGGUCUCUGCGUGUCUAGUAGCAGCUGACAGUCCACUGGAGGAAGGCACUGUCUGUGUCCAACCUCCAGGCCGUGCUUCCCACCUGUGUGGUGACUGAAAUCCUUUGCUUUCCAGACCAGUUCACCUUUUGUACCUACUUUUUGUAAGGCCGCUUGUCUUCCACAAACACAGUGGCCUCUGUGCUGAAACAAGCCCAGUCAGGGUCCUGCGGUGAUCAUGAAAACAAUUCUCUCACUGUGCUAAGACGUCUCUUGAACGGUCCUUUGCCAGCAGAUGGAGAGAGCUGUUUUUAAGGAGUUUUUAAUGAAAUUGCUCUAAAAUGCAGCCCAUUUUAAUCCAGGGAAUAGAACUGUGCGUUUUAGUUUCAUGUGAAUCCUUCUCCUUAGGUGGGCAAGGUUCAAACUGUUAGUAAAUGCCACUUUAAGACUACCUGAUGGGUGCUGAGCAAGAGGCCUUUCUGUGUGCCCUGUGCUGUGCUGCCUGUGGAGGACCAGGCUGGGAGAAGGCUGGGCCUCUCCCUCUGCAUCUUUCCCGAUUUUGGUUUGGGGAGGGGGGAAUAACGAUCUGCUUGGAUGUAGGGUGUUCCCUUUAUCUCCGUCUGGAAUGAGACAAGCAGAGGAAUCCCUGGAGUUUUCAGCAGGCGUCGGUCGGUUUUGCUUGGGCAGAAGGAUUUAGGAAGGCUGGAAUUCAGAUACAGCUGAGAGCUGUUGCUGCAGGCUGGAAAUACACCCUGGGACUGCCUGGGAAAUGAGCACUUCCUGCUGUAGUGCAGUGUCACCUUGUCAAAAGCUGUAAAGAACUUGCAAAAAUGGAAAUGCUGAGGUGUCCUGGGUGAGCAGGGCUGUGAGCCCCAUCCAGAGAGCCCUUCUGGCCUGAGAAACGUUGCUGCUCCAGCAGGGGCUCGCCUCCCAGCUUCCUGUGUGCUGCUCUGCUUUGGGUGUGGCCCCACUGCAUCUCGCUAGCAAGUGCAGCUGCCGUGAACAAAUCUUUGUAUGAUAGAAAGCCGUGUAAAUUUUAUUUUUCUACUGACACUUCUAAUCCUGGUGGUGAUGAUCAGUAAAUGCUGUGAUGAUCAAGGUGAA